AACUCGUAUUAACUUUGAUGAUUAGUGGGCGGCAGGCUGUCAGUUAGCAGAAAGGAGGCGGGGUCUUUCAACUUGCUUCCCGCCUAAUUAGCAUACGUCAGUGUAGUUCCUACUUUCAAAUCCCACUCCAGUGAGAGAUGUCAGUAAAGUCGGUCACAGUUUAAGAAGAGACAAGUAACCUCAAGGAGUUUACACUUAACAAUCACUUGGACUUUGUGGUUCAAAAACUUUGAACAGUGAUGGAGCACGCAAGCAUGUCUUCCCCCACAUCAGACUCGGGCAGAGAGAGCGAAAGGGAGUCAGAUUCGGAAAACUUUCCUGCCACUGCCAAAAUGCCGACUAAAUCCAGUGAUGAUCCAAAGCAGAGUAGUACAAGCAAUAGCAGUGAUGAGUUAUCAACAGACAUACAGCAAGCAGUAGCGUCUGUUCUAAAGGGCUACGACUGGUCUCUGGUGCCCAUGCCAACCCGUGGGCCGGGAUCAGACAAACGCAAGCCGCACAUUAAGAGACCUAUGAAUGCCUUCAUGGUGUGGGCCCAGGCAGCAAGAAGAAGGCUGGCCGACCAGUACCCACAUCUUCACAACGCAGAGUUGAGCAAAACUCUAGGCAAGUUAUGGAGAAUGCUUAGCGAAGGUGAGAAGAAACCGUUCGUCGAAGAAGCAGAGAGACUGAGACAGAAACACAAGAAAGAUUUCCCCGAGUACAAGUACCAACCUCGUAGAAGAAAACCAAUGAAAGGAGCAUCUGGAUCGGGGGAAUCCAACAACAACAAUAGCAACGACAGUUCGUCCAGCUUGUCCAACGCUGUCAUAUUUAAAACUCUACGAGACACAUCGUCACCAAGUUCAUCCAUCAGUGAAGGGGAAUCGUGCAUGUUAAACGGCUGUGCCGUGCGUGGACCCCCUACCCCACCCGCCACACCCAACCAGCACGAGCAAACAGGAACGCAAAACAAACUGGCUCACUUGAGGCAUUUAGCUGGUCAAAGUCAACCUAUAGACUUCAGUCGCGUGGAUCUUGGUGAGUUUAGAGACGAUGUCAUCGGAAACAUCGAUCACUUUGACGAGGCAGAGCUUGAUCAGUAUUUACCUCCUAAUGGGCAUGCGCAACACCGUCACCAUGGCAGCCAACAUCCAGUGGUGAACAAUGUCCCAGCACACAACAAUCCGUCAUCUGCGUACGGCGGUGCCCCAUCUACGACGUCACCAAAUUGGAUGAGCACGUAUCGCGUGUCCACGUCCGUCAAUUAUCAACCUAUCUCCGUGGAUACAGAUCUCCAUAACAACGGAAACAUUCCAAAUGCCGGCAACAGCGCAAUACCCAGAAACUAUGCUGCAGACACAAAUGACAAUGUCUCUCCUGGAACGCAAGUCAAAGCAGAGAACUCCCCGCCCAGCCAUUAUUCAACAGACAAGUACCCUUAUGGCCUCCCUCCAAUGUCCCAAGCCCAGCAUCAGCACAGGUUCGAGCUACAGAACAACCCAAGUAGCCAAGGCAACACGUACUCACCUGGUGGAUCACCCCCGGGUUUUUAUGCCGCAGCGGGAAACCAUCCGGCGCCUCCUCUCUACCACUACAUGUCCCACAGCUCCCAGAGACCGCCAUACCCGCCUUCCAUGACUCUUUUAGGUGGAGAGGCACAUUGGGACCGCUUUCCUAGACCCUGAGGGGAACGCAAGUGCCUGUAACACAAGCGUUUUAUCCAUCUGAUCUCAGCACCCGGGUUUUGCUUCUUUAUUUGGGGUGCACCUCUUUUUGCACGUGUCGUGUUCCCCUGUUGACAGAUGAUGAGUUCUAAGCUAUGUUAAAUGCUGUCGCGUAUGCAGAUUAAUAGAAUUUUUGGGUAUUUCAAAAUGGUACGAUCCCUUACGCUGUGAGGUACGGGAGUGGUUGGCUUUGACAGUGAUGGACAACUGUCGCGAGACAAUAGAAUAUACGCGUGACAUUCUCGGCACAUUUUGGCAUUGCAGAUGCGUCCGAAGCGCGUUCUGCAGUCUUCUGUUGUCUCGGCUGUCCUCUCUUGAGGAGAAAGUAUUAAAACAAUCAGCUGGAAGGGACUUGAAUUAGCUGUUAAAGUUUUUACUUAGCACAUAGAAAACGCACCACAAGGAGCGAGAAACGACAUCGGCAUGUAAAUUGCAGCAGGUAAAUUAUGCCGUUCCCAAUCCGUUACUUAUAACAGGUUUUGUAAAUAUAGGCAAAAAUAUUGUGUUACUAACUUCUUUGAAGUUGGACUAGGAUUGAUGAAGUAUUUAUUGAGCUUAUGGGAAAAGAUCGACUAAUUGCUUUUUGGAUAGUUUGAGAAGUUGUGCCAUUUGCUCUUGGCAAUUUGGUUCCUCUCGGGAGCAGUGAAAGUCGAAACAGUUUGAAGUACUUGUUGCGCACGGUUCAGGUGUAAGCGGAAUCGCCAGGGAUAAACUUGGGGUUUAGUUGAGCAUAUCAGGUAAACAGACAUGAAAAGAGUUGUCGUUAAUGAGCGAUAUUUUACGGUGAACACGAUUUGUAUAUUUAGACAAGUGGAAACCGAUAGCGGGAGAGUAAGAUACAAGCUGUGUAAAGCAGCAUUUCGUGGGUCGCGCCGUGUCACGCUCAGCAGCUGGGGAAGUCGAAAUGUUGUCAUUUUCGACCGUAAACUUCCUGUGACAUGUGCAGGGGCCAAUUGGGCGCAGGUGCAAGGGGCGCGGGGCGAAACCCGUUCCCCUUACCUCGACUUUCUCAAAGCCCUGAAUGCUGUUCUAGAACAAAAUGUCACAGGACGCGACUCUUAGGUCGUUUUUUAAAGUUCAUUAUCUUGUGUCUCUGAGGUACUUAAUUUUCAAAAGAUUUGGGAUGAAACUUUUAAAAUGUUUAAUAUUGAUUUUCUUUUUUUCCUUGAUAUAAGGACAAAUUUAGGGUGACGAAAUACUACUAGAAUGGAAUCAUUGAACAUGUUUGUGUAGAUAUGUUAUAACUGUUUUAAUCUGUAUGAUAAAAAGCAAAACGAGAUCCUUGUUUUUAUAUUUUGAGACGGAUCAUGUGUUUUUCUUUUUUUUAAUCAGGUUUUUUUAUGUUUUGUAUAUAGUUAUAUUUAUAUUACAGUGUAAUAUGAAUGAAAGACCUUUUGAUAUUCUAUUAAUUUAUUGUAGUUACGUUUUUUUUAUCAUCGAUGAUGUUCAGCUUGUCUAUACAAUGUGUAGCUGAUCAUUAUUAGAAUGUGUGAAUUUUUGUCGUUAUUCAGAACGAUUAUUUCCAAAUGCGUUUUACGCACAUUUGUAAAUAUGUGAAAACGAUUGCAAGAAUUUGAAGCAUCUGUUGGAGAUUUGAUUAUUUGUUCUUUUUUUAAGAAUACUUUUUUGUCAAUUUAAAAAACCCCUUUAGUUAAAUGAUUGUUUUUAUUUUAAACGCCAGGUAUGCAUUUAAACAAACUAUGCAGCGUUCCCAAGACAUUAAGAAACGUUCAACAAGCUUGCUCCCUUAUUUCACACGUGUCACCAUGUUUUGUAAAAUAUAUUAUUCUUUGAAAUUAAAAACUUUGAGAAAAAGCUACAGCACAAGUUUCCCUUUAUGUUGGUUUAUAUUUAGCGUAAAUAUUUUCCAGUUAGACACUUGCCCUCGUCUGCGGAAUAUCUGUUUGCAUAAACCGGUGGUCUUCCAAACGGCCUCCAACUUUUCAAUUUUUUUUUUCAUUCGGUGCUCACAUUUUGCUGUUGAAUG